GGCCCCCCCGCACGUGCACAUGUGUAUAUAUUUAUCUCGAACCAGCGUACUAGUAUCGUCGAUACCGGCACGAGGGGAGGAGCUCUGGGUCCGUACGGCGUUCGGGGCGCGGGCGUGUAGAUUGCUACAUACAUACAUACAUCCACACAUGCGUCCAUACCAACAAUAUGCGUACGGCAUACACAUGCGUACACGCCGCCGUCCGCCGGCGACGUGUGUCCUCAAGUAAGAGCAGCAGCAGUUCCCGCGGUCCAGGGCGACGUUGCCGUACACGCACAAAGUCCUCGGCCGAUCGAUUGAUCGAACCGGCCGGUCGUCUAGCACUACACGUACACGCGUCCGAGCAGAGGAGAGAAGCCGUCCCACGGGCAAGAAACCACGCGAGAGCGAGCCGAAAUCUUUUUUCUUUUUUCCUUCCCCGGAUCCCCCCUCCCUCCCCCCUGCUCGCCGACGCGAUUCGACAUAACCCGCGUGAUGACACCCGCCAGCCUCUCCUGUUUGUCUCUUGGCCCGUCCUGCUCCCCCCCCUCCCCCUCCGUACGCGCGUCCACGCGCCGAGGACGGUCCCGAAGCCAAAAAAAAAACCCCCAGCCCGCCUACCUAGCAGACGAAGAAGGCGGAGAGGAGAUGCAGGGGGAGGAGGAGAAGAAGAGGAUGGAGAAGAGGAAAAAAGGAGAGAGAGAAAACGAACGCCCCGGACUCCGACCUUGCAUCCUACCCGCCUGCCUCCCUGCCUCCCACGUCAACACCCCCCGAGUGCCCUUGUUUCCGUAUGCCUGUACGCGCUUCUCGCCUUCCCUCCUGCCUCCUUCCCUCUUUUCUUUCCCCUUCUUAUCACUCCCUAUAUUACCGUGCGUCCGCGUACGCGCGCGCACCGUACCCUGGAUAGAUAACAAGCGGAGGGGGCAGACAUGGCCAGCUCGACGCGGCCCGCACCGGGACGCGGCGGUGGCGAGCGGCAGUGUAGUGUAUUGUAUUAGUAAGCUCGUUUGGAGACAAG